AAAACCAAACAGAAAGAGAGGAAGAAAGGAACGAACGAGGCACAGAGGGGCAGAAACAAAGGCACCCAAAAAGCCCGAAGGAAGGGAGCCGAGCAGGGCGAAAGGAGACAGAGCAAAGAGGAAGAAAGGAGGACAAAGCAGCAGAAGAGGACAAGAAGGAACCAAGCGAGGCGCCCAAAGCGCCCGGGCGGCCGCCGGGCGGCCAAAGACGACGGGAGCCGCGGGAGGGCGCGCGGCGGGGCGACAAAGAACGCGAAAAAGCGCGCCGGCGGGGGGAGGGGGGAGGAAGGAGGGAGGGAGAGGGGGGACAAAGGGGAGAGGAAAGAGGAAGCGGGGACAAAGGGGACGCAAAGGAGAAGGCCGAGAGGGAAAGAAAGAAAGGGCGGCGGGAAGGAGAGGGAGAAGGGGGAAGAGGCCGGGAAGGGGAACGGGGAAGAGGGAGAGAGGAGCGGGAAGCGGCAAGGGAGAGGAGGAAAAGAAGCGCGCCGGGAGGAAGGCCAGGGCGCCACGGAGGCGGCGGCGGCGCGACGCGAGCAGACGCGAGGCGCGACGCGGCGAGACCGGCGAGACGGCCGGCGCGAAGGAGGGAGCGACGGGAAAGGGCGACGCGGCGAGCCGGGCGCGACGCGGCGAGGCCGGGGCCCCGAACGCGGCCAAAAGGGCGCCAAACGCAGCCGGGAACGGCCCGGGCGCAGAGCGGGGACCGAAAAGGGGGCAAAAACACGAACAAACACCGGAAAACAGGCAAAACAAGGGGGAACCAGAAGGAAAGGAGAAGAGCAAGGAAAACAGGGAGGAAAGAAGCAAAAGGAAAGAACGGAAGACGGAGAGGAGGCAAAAGAACCGAGAAAAACAAGCACAGAGGGGAGAACAGCACCCCCGCACACGGAAGCGGGGCGGGGCCGCAAGCAAAACGAAGGAAGAAAAGCACAAGGCAAAACAGACAAAGGACGCAGGCGCGCGCGGGCACAACCGGGCAAACCACCAACCAACGGGCGACAAAACAACAAGCGGCAAGAAGCAAAGGAGGGGGGCACAGAAGAGACCCAGGGCCAAGCCAAGAACCAAGCACCAAGAAGGGAAAGGAGGGGAGGAGCAAGGGGGCACAAAGACGCAGGGGAGAGGAGGCAAGACACGGGCAGGAAGGAGAGCCCAGAGGCGGGCCGGCAGACGCCCCGAGAGCAAAGCGAAGAAGGCAGGCGAAGAGCAAAGAGGACGGGAGGAAGCGGGGAAGGGGCGACGGGGGAGGGCGAACAAAGAAGGGGGAGGGAAAAAGGAAGCAAAAAGAGAGAAGGGCACAAGGGAGCGAAACGGGGCAAAAGGGGGAAGAGAGGAGAGAAGCAGAAGGCCAAGGAGCAAAGGGCGGGGAAGAACGGAGCAACGCGGGGGAAAGGGGGGAGCCAAACGCAAAAACGG